CUAGAAAGGCGACUUAACCCAAAAUAAGAAUCCAAACCAUCGGACUCCAACAAACGACAAGAUGAAGCUUUACAAUCUCCCUGCCGCAUUCUGUGGUAUUUCAUCGUCUCUAUCAUCGCUCAAUCAUCAUUGGCARCCGUCCCACUUCCGCAUUCGCCGACCUGCCGCAUUUGUAGCCAAAUCAAGAAUUUCUUCUUCUGGCUUUCAAAUAGAACCCUUGGCGACGAAUAAUAUCCUUGAUUACCACGGUAAUUGCUGUCGGUUGUUCUCAUGCCGCUCUGAACCCGAAAAUGGAAUAUUUUAUCGUCAGAAUAGACUACGACAACGAAGAAAAUAUUUUCACAGCCCAAACCCACAAAUCAGCAACCAUAUACACCAUUUUGGAAGCAGAUAUAMAGUUGCCUUUAGUACUUCUUCUUUCGAUCGUGACUCUAUUGCCGAAUCACCUGCUAAAGCCGUARACGACAAGGAUGUUUCACAUCAACCUCCGUCUUUUAGAGUAUUCUACAACGAUGUGUAUGAAGUGACCUUGCCCCCUCGCCAUCGAUUCCCAAUGGGAAAAUAUAGAAAAGUUCGAGAAAGGGUGCAAGACCUGAUAUCGAAGCUGCCUCAAGACCAACAACAAAGYGUGAAUUGCGGUGAGUAACGAUUGGCUCCAUGCAAAAGCGUGAAAUUGUAUUCCMAAAAACUAUUCUAUUUGGCUUGGAAAUGAGUCACCCUGCAGAGUUUGUGCGAAGAAGUAUGUUGUGUUUUCCAACUAAACACAAAGAAGAGCAUUGAGAGUUACGUGUGUAUCUCAUAAAAUCUCUGCACUACAAUCGAAAUAUCUAUUUUUUCUCCCGACUCCCUUGCGCUAGAUUUUCAAGUUUCUCCUCUGGCAACAUUUGAUGAGCUAUCAACCACRCACGAUACUACGUAUAUCCAACGAUUUUUGAAGGGCGACCAAACAGAAAGAGAACAGCGCAACGUUGGCUUUCCUUGGUCAAAAGAGGGGGUGGACCGUGCUCUGAGUUCGGUCGGUGGCACCCUGGCAGCGGCCUGUUUUGUCUGCGAACAACAAAGACAGCGAAUAAAGACGGAAGAGAAGUCUGMGGAGCGUGCCACACCGUCUGCGCCUUUCUGGGCGGCACAUAUAGCUGGUGGGACCCAUCACGCAUUUCACGAUUACGGCGAGGGGUUCAGUGUAUUCUCGGACAUGGCCGUAGCUGCAAACGUCGUUUUGGAUCGAUAUCCCGAUGUCAUCAAGAAUAACAUAUUGAUGAUUGAUUUGGACGUACACCAGGGAAAUGGCAAUGCCGUAUUGUUUCAGCGUGGGGAUUCAACCGACGAAACCGCGCUUCACAAAAAACACGCCGAUCGAGUUUUUACCUUUUCCAUGCACUGUUCGGGGAAUUACUUCUCUCCCAAACAAGAAUCGGAUCUCGAUAUUGAACUACCGAUUGGCUGCCAAGAUCAGGCUUAUCUGAUGACACUGAAUCACUGGUUGAAACGCUUUCGAUUAGAACACAACGGGGAAGGUUCUAAGCACAAAUUGGAUUUGAUCAUAUUUCAAGCAGGCGUCGAYGUUUUGGAGKCCGAUCGGCUCGGGCGCAUGGAUUUGUCCCCGGAGGCGGUUACGCGGCGAAACGAGCUGGUGUAUGAGUUCGCUCACGAUUUGAAACUACCACUGGUWAUUUGUAUGGGGGGAGGGUAUCCAAAACGAGAAGACGCCUGGAAACCCAUCAUUGAUGCCCAUGCCGAUGUCUAUUUCGGAGCACACCAAUUUUUGAGUCGUUUGUCGCAACCCUAGACGAUAAAACUCGGUCUAACAASUAGAAGAUGACCGAGUUCAAUUUUUCCUCCYUUUCAGAAUCAUGAUGAAAGGAUUGUGGUUGAAAAUGUUUCAUAUCAAAAAUUGAGGUUUUCGAUGCUUGAGAAACAUAUGUAGUCGUUUUGGAAGUCGUCGUCGUAGGUGCUAGCUAUACGAUACAUGUGGCACGAAGAGCUGGGUUCUAGCAACCCAAAUUUAACAGAACUAAGGUAAAAUAACCAAAAGUGUCASGU